AUGGUUAUAGGAGUUUUAGAAUUAUUGAAACGCGAUUUACGCAUUAAUUUGAGAAGAGAUUUUUCAAACUUUGAAGAAUUAAUGCAAGUGUCAGUAUUGUAUGAAAACGAUCUCAAAGAUAUAAAUGGAACAGAUGAGAAAAGGAUAAAAAGUACAUCAAAUUCAAGACCUCCUUCAGCUUGUAGAUUCUGUGUAAAUAACAAGCAAAUUAAAGCAUUACUCGAUACGGGAGCAAGCGAUUCAUUCCUAAAUAGGCGUUUCGCCCUGAGUAAUAAUUUAACAGACAAUAUAACAACUGUAAGAUUAGCCAAAGAAGAUGUUACUUUCAAAACAUAA